AUGGCUGCCAUGGAAGAACUAUACAACCAGCCCAUUGUGCUAGACAACGGCUCCGGGACUAUCCGCUGCGGCUUUUCCUCGGACGAACUCCCAAGGGUGAGCUACUCGAACAUCCUGGGCAGACCAAAGUACCACAAAAUCGACUACCUGCCGAGUGACAUCAAUCCCGACGACACAUUCGUUGGGAAUCAGGCACAGCUGCGGCGGGGGCUGCUGAAGCUGACGUACCCGAUCGAGCACGGAACCAUCAACGACUGGAACACGCUCGAGCUCAUCUGGCAGCAGUUGCUUCUCCACGACUUGAUGGAGAGCAACACGCUUGCGAGCCAGGGGAACGAGGUCUCCCUGAAGGAGCACACGAUGUUGAUCACCGAACACCCCUUUUCUCAGCGUCGACAAAGAGAGAAAAUGUGUGAGAUACUCUUUGAGAGCUUUGGGCUAGGCGCCGUCAACGUGGCGAUCCCAGCGGUGCUCUCGCUCUACUCAACAGGCCGGACGACAGGUGUGGCAGUCGAUGUCGGGGACGGUGUCUGCUGUGUGGCCCCAGUGUUUGACGGCUUUGCACUUCCGGGAAGCAUGAGCCGGAUCAACAUCGCCGGACGUGACAUCACUCGGCAGCUGCAAAUCGAAAUAAUGAAAGACGGCUACUGUCUGAAUUCCUCUUCGGAGUUUGAAAUUGUACGAAAUAUGAAGGAGCGAAUAGGCUUUGUCAACGCCUCUGCCACACCUGUGAAGCUAAACUCCUACAAUGCUGACGACCAAGUGGAAAAGUUCCAGCUUCCCGACGGUAAGUUCCUGCGGGUCCAGAAAGACUCGCUCUCUCGGCCAUCUGAGCUGUUGUUUCAACCACAGUCCUUUGGACCGGAGGAACAGAGCAUCCAGGAUGCCUUAUAUAAGUCCAUCAUGGGCGCAGACGUGGAUAUAAGGGGGAAAUUUUUUGAAACCAUCGUUCUCAGCGGUGGUUGCACGAUGCUAAGAAAUUUUGGAUCGAGACUAUUACAUGAGCUUCGAGGGAUAGACCAGGAAGUUAAGUUGAAGAUAUAUGCAUCUCCAGAGAGAAAGAACAACACUUUCGUUGGAGGCUCGAUUCUAUCCAGUUUGAGCACAUUCAAUAACAUUGUUGUUUCAAAGAGACAAUUCAUGGAGGACCCAGCUUUGGUGCACGACCUGUAUUUUUGA